GCAGUUUUUGCAGCAGACUUCCUGGCAGUUGGUUUUUCUUUGUCUCUUUCGCGCGCAAGUUUGUAUAUACAAUCUAGAGAUCAAGUGGGAAAUAUUAAUUGUCCAUUUCCUCUUUUCUCUGCUUGUUUCAAUUCCCUCUUCCUACAUUCAUCACCACAACUCCUUUUUGCAAUCAAGAAUUUCUCAUUCGUCCGAUCAGCCAACAUGGCUACAGAUACACCACAAGCUCCUGAAUAUGUGACGAGACAAGAACACACCUCUCAGCUACCCAAGCCGAAUCCCUGGUCGGUCAAUGCGGUUCUGAAAGAUCUCCCAAACCCGCCGACCGAAAACGCCUCUUCUCCGAUCCCCUUCUUCCACUAUGUCGAACGACUCAAGGUCGAGAAGCGCGAAGGAUGGCGAAGAUUUGGAAUCUUAAAGGGCGAAUCGAUAGCAGAUCACAUGUACCGCAUGUCGCUCAUCACCAUGCUUGCCCCUCCCGAAUUAAGCAAACGACUAGACGUCCCGCGGUGUACCAAGAUGGCACUCGUUCACGACAUGGCGGAAGGCCUUGUCGGUGAUCUGACCCCGGUCGACGGUGUGCCCAAACCCGAAAAGAACCGAAGAGAGGCAGCAACCAUGGACUGGGUGGCGCAGUCUUUAUUGGGGAAAGUGCACGGUGGUGUCAAUGGGCAGGACAUCCGUGCGGUUUGGCAGGAGUAUGAGGACAGCGAAACCCUGGAGUCCAAGUUCGUGCAUGACGUCGACAAGAUCGAGCUUAUCCUGCAAAUGGUGGAGUACGAACGGGCCAGCGAUUGCAAAGUUGACCUGAGCGAGUUCAGCUGGGUUGCUAGGAAGAUCUAUCUGGACGAGAUGAAGGCUUGGGCGCAGGAGAUUUUGGACGAGAGGGAUCAGUUGUGGAAGAGCAAGCAUAUGGAACCGAGGCAGCCGUCUACUGCAGAGACGAUCCAGAAGCAGCAGGAUCAGUAUUACGGCAAUGGCAAUGCAGAGACGAAGACGAACUGAACGAGAGGUCCCGACAAGUUCCAGUUGGACAUUUUGCAUGAGGAUACGAUGAGCAGGAUAAUGGAAUGAUGGAAUGAGAAGAGUUGAGGGCAGUCAUUUUGCAAUUGCUGUGUACUUGUAGACAAUGAUACCCAGAAUUCAAUAGAUAGACAUUUUAUGGUAGCAAUCACCUUUAAG